AAAAGUGACCCAAACCACCACCACCACCACAUGGCCUUGGCUGUAUCUAUGUCCCCACCCCCCACUUCCUCUCUCUCCUAAAAGGAAAAAAGCAUGCAUUUUUCUCUCUCUAAAUAACCGUUUGUAUAUGUAUUUCUAUUGGAUUCCCAAAAAAGCCCUCGGCUUUAUCAAUAAAAGGCUCUACAUGAUUUCCCAACCCCCCCUACACUUCGCUCACCCCACUGCAUUUCCAAGCUUCACAGUAAGAGGAAGCUCACUCACAUAGAGAGAGAGAGAGAGAAAGAGAGAUAAGAAAAGGAAGAAGAUGUCGAAGGAAGUGAGCGAGGAAGGACACGCCCACCACCAUGGAAAGGACUACGUGGACCCACCACCUGCACCACUCCUCGACAUGGCGGAGCUCAAGCUCUGGUCCUUCUACAGAGCCCUCAUAGCCGAGUUCAUCGCCACCCUCCUCUUUCUCUACAUCACUGUCGCCACCGUCAUCGGCUACAAGAAGCAGAGCGCGACCGACCCCUGCGGCGGCGUUGGCCUCCUCGGCAUCGCCUGGGCCUUCGGCGGCAUGAUCUUCGUCCUCGUCUACUGCACCGCCGGCAUCUCCGGUGGUCACAUAAAUCCGGCGGUGACGUUCGGGCUGUUUCUGGCUAGGAAGGUUUCGCUGAUCAGGGCGGUGUCGUACAUGAUAGCGCAGUGCCUGGGUGCGAUCUGUGGAGUUGGGUUGGUGAAGGCCUUCAUGAAGCACGACUUCAACACGCUGGGAGGUGGGGCCAACUCCAUUGCCUUGGGGUACAACAAGGGCACUGCUCUUGGUGCUGAGAUCAUCGGAACCUUCGUGCUCGUCUACACCGUCUUCUCCGCCACUGACCCCAAGCGCAGUGCCCGUGACUCUCACGUCCCUGUUUUGGCUCCUCUGCCUAUUGGGUUUGCCGUGUUCAUGGUUCACUUGGCCACUAUCCCCAUUACCGGGACUGGUAUUAACCCUGCUAGGAGCUUUGGAGCUGCCGUUAUCUACAACAAGGAAAAAAUCUGGGAUGACCAAUGGAUCUUCUGGGUUGGACCAUUCGUGGGAGCGUUGGCAGCAGCGGCGUACCACCAGUACAUCUUGAGAGCUGCGGCUAUUAAAGCUUUGGGAUCAUUCCGCAGCAACCCAACCAACUAAAACUAAAAUCACCGCUUUUAAUUUGGAUCGAUCUUGUUGAUCUCCUCCUCCGAUCCAUUUCUCAGCUCUAUUUGUUUGUGUAUUGUGUACGUGUGUAUGGAAGGAUGGUGAGCUGCUGCUGUUUUGCUUUUCAUUUCUUUUGUGCCUUUUUCCACCUAAAAUUAUUCAGUAUUUUGUCGUUA